AAUUGUCAUUUGUCAGUUGUCACAGUUUGGGAGUUGGGUUGAAACUUGGCUGAAAACAGCAAAAUAUUUGUCCAAUAGUCCAAUAGUAAUUUGGUAUUGUUUGUAAUUGGCCUUGCUCAUAGCUCUUACAAUUACAAAGUAAAGUGCAGUAAGUUACUACAGUAACUUUAAUAGUUUUGUCUGGCGUCUGUAGUUCUGUACUAUCAACUCUGUUAUUGAGCUUGAGUCUGUAUUUGAUUUGGCAGUCUGGCAUAAGAGUCAAUAAUUCUUUAAAUUAUAGGUAUUUACAUUUAAUACAGAAAUGGGUCAGAAAUAAUAAAAUUAAUUAAAAUGGAACACACUAAUAUGAAUGGGGUAUUGGAAUCAUUAUCCUCAAAAAACUUUGACUAUGAUUUACAUUACAUAAAUUGGUCAAUGGAACAACUAAAGAAAACUGCAUUACAACUGAAGCUAGUCAGACCUCGCAGCUUAGCCUGGGCUAUAUUGCUAAAUGCAGUGCCACCUCCUAGCAGUGAUAUAGUCUUAAGCAUAAAGGGGCACAGAAACUUUUAUGAUGAUCUAUGUAAUAAAUUGUCUAUGGACCCUAGAGCAGUUAUUGGUGAUGAUCCGCUGUCACAGAAAGAUGAGAGUGCAUGGAAGCAACACUUUUGUGAUAAUGAACUAAAAGCACUGAUCCUGCAGGAUGUUGUGAGGACAUAUCCUGAUGAAUUAUACUUUCGUGACAAAAGUGUGCAGGAUUUAAUGGUUCGAGUUUUGUUCUUCUGGUCAAGGUCACACCCUUGCCCUGGCUAUCGUCAGGGCAUGCAUGAAAUACUGGCACCAUUGCUAUAUGAAUUACAUACUGACAGAAUAUGUGCACCAGAACAGUUAAGUGACACACUUCGUUUCUAUUUAGAUGUGAAAUACUUGGAACACGACAGCUACAUGUUAUUUAGCGCAGUGAUGAAGGGUCUUGAGAGGUUCUACACGACUGGUGACGUUGUACCGACGUCUUGCGGUCGGCUGCCAUUAUCCAAAUCUGUACAUAAUCAGAACGAGGUUGUUCGGUACCUGGAGCGCGUCCGAGCGGAGUACUUGGUCACCAUCGACCCGGAGUUGGCCACGCACCUCGACACCUGCAAUAUUACUAUGGAAUUGUUUGGCAUCCGCUGGUUACGUCUACUGUUUGGUCGGGAGUUCUGUCGCACGGAGAUCCCUCACCUGUGGGGAUUCAUCUUCUCGGACGGCCCGAUGUUGCCAAACGUGCAUUACGUUAUCGUUGCCAUGUUGAUUUCGAUCAGAAACACUUUGCUACAGUGUGACACGGGGUCGCUCCUCGCAAUACUGAUGCGCCCGUCAUCAGCCUCAGUAGGCCACGUGUGCGCCCUCGCGCUGCACCUCCGGGAACCGAAUGUUUACCCCAGACCGCCAGAACCUGAACUUAACAACAGUCACGACAGUGCUAUAGACGCAGCGAGCUCUGCCUGGAGCUACGAGAGUCGAGACGGGUCCAGCUCAGGGUCGGAAGGUGUCGCCGAGGGUAGUGACGUGGCGCACUCCUUGGCAGCCCUGGCGUUGUUGAGGGCGCGACUGCCCGUGGUACUGGAGGAGUUGAGGGCUGCCCUGCCACGCCCUCCGCCCCGAGCGCUUCCUGCCCUUCAGCAACUCACACAGAUGGUAGCAAUACUUCAAUGCCGUAACCACGCGCUCAUAGACGUAGAAACAGCGCUAGAAGCUGCCGAAAAUCAAUCAACAGAUGGCGUUGGAAAGAGACAGCUAGUGCCUGUCGUUCUUGUUGCGGGCAAACCGAGUGUACAAAAUAAAAACAUAGUUAAAGUGAAUCAAAAAGUGAAGGAGGUUCCGUUGAAAGUGUUUCACCAGGCAGAGUGUGAUUCGAGUGAUUUGCCUUUCUUAGAUCCAUUGAGGUUAAGGACAGAAUGAUUAAGAAAGAAAAUUUUGUUAUAUAGUUACUAUAAUUGACUGAGAUGAAUUAAGUGAUUGUGAUUUACUAUUUGCUGUAAAUAUUUUAAGUAUAUAUAUAUAUAUGACAAUCAUAUGAAUGUAUUUGACAGCGCUCUUGUUACAUUUAUUUAAGAGUGACUUGUUGUAUAGAAAAAUAUUUACAUUUUGUAUUAUUCCAUAUAAUAUUAAGCAUUCUCAAUUUGAGUUAUGGCAAAAAAUAUUUUUUUUUUUCAAGAAAUCCAUCCGGCUCGAAGGACCAAAAUUUGACUGUAUCAUUUAUAUUAGCAAAUAAUUAUACAAUUUAAUUUAAUUUUAUAUUCUAUUAGGUUCUACAUAAGUGAUAACACAUAUAACGAAGUUCCUGGUUCCAUGGUAUAUUGUGGUAAAAGUGAUCUCUCUCCGCAAGAGACAGAGAGACAAAGUAAUAGGUAAUGUAAUACUCGCACAGCGCAUUUUUAACGGUUAUCAGUAACCAAUUAGUGAAAUAGUAGAGAUAUUAAAAUGUGUCUGUGUAGCAACAAAUUUAAGUAAGCAUUUUCUACAUUGUCAAUAUAAAAUAACAGCAUGUAUCUAUCUAUGGUAACCAAGACAGUAUUACAGAGAUAGAUUUUCAUAGCUUAAACUUAUGUUGCGGCAACAUUGUUAUUAUAACGCGAAGAAUUUGCGUUAUUUAGAUAUUUUUUUUUUUUUGCAAAAAAACCCUUACGAUAUUUUUCGAUUUGCAUAAAGAACUUUAUUUCUAUCGCAGGCCCUACGAGACAAAGUAUUAUUUAUAUUAUAGCUGCAGCAAUAACUUUGUGAUGACACAUUGACGUCUGGUCAGCGUGAGUUGUGCGAACAGACUGAAAUUAGUUGCAUUGCAAUCGCAGUGAUGUCGUCUCUUCUGAGUUCUGACCAUUCAUCACAGCCAUAUUUAAUUUGUGCGCUAAAAUGCUGCUCUCAAUAGACUAUAGGUUAAUAUAUAUUUUCUUAAUUUUUAUAUUUAUUGUGUGCCUUUGCGAUUGUAAUAAACAGGAUGUCCCACGGCUAUGCCACAUGGAGGAGAAGUACCUUAAAUAUUGUAAAUGUAACAUUUUACUGAUUGAGAACCGGCAUUCGAACAUGAUAAUGUAAGUUGUAUGUCUUUACGGCAAUAUCAGAUUUUCAUGUUUCUGAACAAAAUUUUACAUUAAAUGUUAAAAUUCGUGGUCAUCCUUUUAUUUGUGAUGCAAAAUUUAUGUAAAAAAUAUAAGCCUUAUGAUGAAGCUUUUGAUCGGUAUGAUAAAGCUACAGGGUAUUUUUUUAUCUUUAAGCCGAUUCGAUUACUCAUUUUUUUAAAUUUUAUUUAAAAAUCUAUGAAUGCAAUUAAAAUUGUUAUUUAAAUUAAAAUCAAAGUCUUGUCUUAGUAAAAUGUUACAUCUACAAUAUUUAAGGUACUUCUCCUCCAUGUGGCAUAGCCGUGGGACAUCCUGUAUAUAUACUAGAUGCUAUAUUCAUACAAUUUCUCCAAAAUUUUUUUUACUACAAAAAUACGUUUUACUCUAUAUACAGUACACACUGUAAACUCAAAAUGUAGGUUAUUCGUAUUCCUUAAAUCUCUAUAUAUAUAAGAGAUUUCCACCAAUAUAUUGUGUAUUUUGGUUCUAUGCAAGAAUGUUCAAUUGCGAUUCAGUUCUAUCCUAUAAAGAAACGUAUUUUCGAGUACAUAAUACGUUGGGAAUUCGUUAUAAACAUUAUUUUAUAUGUUUAUUGUUGUAUAUUAAUUGGGGAUAUUAGUUGAGCUGGGCGUUACAAUUAUUUUUAGUUUAUUGUUAAUCGGACAGGUUAUUUUGUGCCAUAAGUAAGUAUAGCUUCACUUGUUCUUACAACAUGUUUCGAAAUCAACGAUAAGCUUGCAUGAAAAAAUCGUACAUAAAAUUGUAAAUACAUUUUUAUAGUAUAAAUCCCACCCAAAUAAAUAUAGGUAUUAUUAGUACCAGAAACUUGUAUAUUGUAAGUUUCGAUAUGCUGUUAUUUGUACAGUUUUAGUCUGAACACUUUGUCAUUGCGUGGCAUUGUAUUCAAAGCGCGGUCGAAACACCGAAUGAAAACUCUGCCUAAUAGACGCGUAGGCGGUGUUUUAUUGCAUAAUUUUUGAGCGUGAUUGUGAUUCUAGUUGUUUAUUGUACUUUAAUGAUCUUGGGGUCCUAUUUCAUGAUUUUUGUAAAAUUUCAACGGAUAGAGUGUAAGAUUUUUUGGUGUUAACUUAUCUUUGAAUUAUGAAUGGUAGUGAAAUAAAUAAUAUGAUCGCAAUAGUACCAGAGAGGUACGAAAUUUGUAAUUUAUAUAAAUGAUAAGAAAUAAGUAAGAAUUUAGUAAGUAUAUAGCUUAUACUUAGUGAUUAUUAGAACAAAUGUAUAGAGCUUCCUUACUUAUAAGAAUCAUCUAAAAAUAAAUAAGAACGUAAAUCAUAAA